AUGACCUCGCACACUCUACCCCGAGACUCGACGGCCUUCGACUUCAUCGAGAGCCUCGGCGGGCGAGACCGCUACAUCGAGCGCAUGCGCGAGCACGGCCGCCGCCUGGCGCAGCUCAGAGAGGCGCAGCAGCGGCGCCCUUCACAGCUCACCACCACCAGAGAUGUCGAAGGCCUUCGCCGGACGGCGCCCGCACCGCCGCCGCCGCGCUCGGGCGUCGACAACCAGUGGGCACCCGGCACGUCGCCGCAGGAACUAUCCCGCCGGCUGUCGGAGAACCGGCAGCGGCGCGACGAGUCGCUGGAGGCGCACGCGAGACGGCGCAUGCACAUGGAGCGCCGCAUCGCGAGGCAGGCGUCGCGCCUCUCGAUGCAGCAGAUGCGGCCGCCCUACCAGAUGCGCGCCUCGGCGCCACUGCCGCCGGAGCUGGUUUGGAGGGAGAUUGUCGAGCAGAGGCUCUUCCGCGAGGCCGAGCUCCGCCCCUUCCUCUCGCGGGCGGAGCGCGACUUGGCCGGCGUCGAGGACUCGGAGACUCUCGCCGACGUCCUCGCCGACGUGCGAGCCGCGUUCUUCCUGUGA